GCGCGCGCCUCCCGGCUCCCGGGCGGAUUCGGGUCUCGGGCACCGCAGCGGGGCGGGGAGCGGUAGGAUUUUUUUCUGAUCAAGCAGACAGUUCAGCAUAGAGUCCAAGGAUGAAUGUUCACCGUGGCAGUGAGAGCGACAGGUUAUUGCGGCAGGAGGCCAGCUGUCUGAUGGAUGAAACCUCAGCUGCAGCCCAAGAAAAAGAAACCAAUAACCUGACUUCUUCUGGUCUUCAAAAUCUUACUUAUCCUCUAGGUCCCAGGAAUGAUGACCUUUCACUUGACUAUGCCUCUCAGCCAGCAAGUCUCCAGUUCCCUCACACAAUGCCACUUCCCGAAGACGGCAAGGGCUCUUGCUUCCAAAGUGGGAGUAAACGGAACCAUGAACCCUUUAUUGCUCCUGAACGAUUUGGAAGCAGCACUGUGGGCUUUGGCAGUAACGUUCAUUCCCAGGCGACAGAGAAAGUGACACUUCUUGUAGAUGGCACACGUUUUGUGGUGAAUCCACAAAUUUUCACUGCUCACCCGGAUACCAUGUUGGGAAGGAUGUUUGGACCAGGAAGAGAGUACAACUUCACACGGCCCAACGAGAAGGGAGAGUAUGAGAUUGCUGAAGGAAUCAGUGCAACCGUCUUUCGAACGGUGCUGGAUUAUUACAAAACUGGUAUCAUCAAUUGUCCUGAUGGCAUCUCUAUCCCAGACCUUAGAGAUACGUGUGAUUAUCUCUGCAUUAACUUUGACUUCAACACUAUCCGUUGUCAAGAUCUGAGUGCUUUACUACAUGAACUGUCUAAUGACGGUGCUCACAAGCAGUUUGAUCACUACCUCGAAGAACUGAUCCUGCCCAUUAUGGUGGGCUGUGCCAAGAAAGGGGAGCGAGAGUGCCACAUCGUUGUGCUGACAGAUGAGGAUUCUGUGGACUGGGAUGAAGACCAUCCCCCACCCAUGGGGGAGGAAUAUUCCCAAAUUCUUUAUAGCUCCAAGCUCUACAGAUUCUUCAAAUACAUCGAGAAUCGGGAUGUUGCUAAAACAGUGUUAAAGGAACGUGGCCUGAAAAACAUUCGCAUUGGAAUUGAAGGUUACCCUACCUGUAAAGAAAAAAUUAAGAGAAGACCUGGUGGCCGAUCUGAAGUAAUCUAUAAUUAUGUGCAGCGCCCGUUUAUCCAGAUGUCAUGGGAAAAGGAAGAAGGAAAGAGUCGCCAUGUGGAUUUCCAGUGUGUUCGGAGCAAAUCCCUCACUAAUCUAGUAGCUGCUGGAGAAGACGUCUUGGAGGACCAGGAGAUAUUAAUGCAUCACCCGCCCCAAGUGGAUGAACUUGACCGGCUAAAUGCCCCACUUUCUCAGAUGGCUUCUAACGACUUUCAGGAUUAAGGCCAGCUAUGGUCCACCCCUCUGCGAAGCUUGUCUCUGUCUGGGCUGCCAAAGCCAGUCCUCCCCAUGAGUACGGACAUGCUUCUCCCCAUCCUUUCUCUUUCUCCCAUAACUAAUGUUCGUCCUUUUCAGUAUAUCUGCACCUCCGUGGAGAUGUAAAAGCACUUCUUGGUGAUUAGGCUACCAGCUAUUUGCAGCCCUGGUAACUUGAAAUUUUAGGUCUGGUGCUGUUCACUGAGCCUUUGCACAACUGCAAAAGCAGGAAAGGAAGUCGGACUCCUGUUGCCUCAUAUUCAGCAAAACCCUUCUCAUCCUUUAUGCUGUGUCUUGACUUGUGUGUGUUUUGUUUUAUACCAGGCACAUUACUUAGCAGCAAAGGGACCAAACUUAAAAGGAGACAAUCUCUAUCUUCUAAAAAUAGGCACUAAUGGCAUACUCAUUAGAAAUCAGUAAAGAUGCCCUUCCUGGUGGCAUCUGUGCUCAGAUUGCAUCAGGGAAGAACUAGGCUCUCACUCAAAAUGUCUAAAAGGAAAUUCUUAGGCACUUAAAUAUAGUUUUGUCAUUAAUGCAAUGAACAUACCAGAAUCACACAGAUUCCAUUACAGGAAGGAAAAUGGCAUAAUGGUGUUUAUGAAACCUUAGCAUCAUGGUGUUUGAGCCUAAAUAGAUUAUUCAUUUAGAAGGAAACGCACAACUCAAGUAGAACCUCUCCAGAUCAAGCCACCUGGGUGGUCCUGGCUUAGAAUCUGGUGAGGAGCAGCCGGAGGUCUUCGCCCAGGAAUAACAUGUUGCUGUGGGCGUGGCUGGGAGACCUUAGAUAUGACUUAAUGGCUUUCAAGAUGUGGACAAAAAUUUCUUACAAAGGCUCAGUUUCUCAAUAGGAAGACGUAUAGAGCUCCAGUGAGGGCACAUUUGGGGUGAAGCUGGGUGGGGACACAUCACCUGCCCAGACUUUGUCCCAGUACAGGAUUUUUCUUUGUAUAUUCUUUUCAUACUUAGGGAAUUUUUUUGGAUAGUAGAUAUUUUAAUUUUGAAAUAGCCUACCAGCUGCUCACACUAAGUAAGAAACCAUACUAAUGUCAUCCCCAAAGGAAGGAUGAGUUGAAAUUAGACCUAGUAAUUGUGUUUGCUCUGUUAGCUACAUGUUAAUGCACAGUGUGUGACAGCCAGGUCCCUCUCCCCAGCACUGGACCACCUUCCCCGAUGUCCCCAUGGCUGGAGCCAGAUGUGUCAUGGGGUUAGCUCCCACUGUGGUACAGGCUGGCCUUCCAAUCACCUACCCGGAGCAUUUACUCAUCACAAAUUAUAAAGAGGCACAUAGUUUUCUUGAAGUUAAGAGCAUGACCUGUUUUCUUAAAUUCUGUUCCCAUAAAAUGCUCUAAGGCAAACUGCUUGAUUGUUUUGACUGCGCUAGUCACAGUCCUCCAAAGUUGAAGACAGAUGGAUGUAGAAAGCUGCUCUUUCCAGGCUUGAAGAACAAGUGUCUAAAGAAUUGUGUUCUCUGUGUGUGUGGUCAGCAUCGCAGUGGAAAUCAAUGCUGUUCCUUACUCUGAAAAAGUAGUAGGGGUUACACUGAACCACCCCCACCUAUAGAGUUACCAUUGGCAUCCAUUUGUAAGGCUGAUGGUCAGGGUUAAGGGUUAGGGUUAGGGUUCUUUUGUAGCCAGUGGGUAGUUUUAUUUCUGUGAAACUUGGCUCACAUUUGAGGUCAGGUUUGGCGGUGACCUUACUAGUGUACAUCCAUGCCUACUCGUAGUCAGCCCAGUCGUCAUUUAAUGGUCAUUUAAUGGUGCUUCGUUUACACUUUUCCAUUGAAUUCCAUGUCAUCACAAGGGAAAUUUGCAUUGACUGUGUAGUCUGUGAUGUACGUAGAACUUCUGUUAUACAGCUGAUGUGUUGUUAACGUUUAGUAAGUGUUGACACGCUGCAGCUAAUACUCAUUAGUCCUUGCUUAGGUGGAAAGCCAGGUGUGAAGGUAUGGCAUGUACUUAAUACUUUUUUCUAUGUAAAUGAUUAUUUACUCUGGCUUUCAAGAACUAGAUUUCUUUUCCCCAAAUUGGGUUAAUGUGCUUUUGGCCCCAUGGAAAACUGUGGAGGUAAAUCUGCCAGUGUCACCAGAUGGUGGUGACAGGAAAAAGCUGGGCCCUCAGGCUCCUGCUGGAGAGGGAGGUUUCUCCUGCACCCCAUGCCCUCCCAGCCUGGAGCUUAGCAUCACUAUAAUUUGGUGGCUCCCCUCAGUCAUAUCUGCCCUGUUCCCAGGACCAGGACAUCCUGCCAUGGCAGGACCUCUCAGCCUUGACAGGGCUGGGUUGUGGUCAUUCCCUUCAGAAUCAGUUGACCACCUGGGCAAGAGGUGUUUCUAAUACAAAGGUGGGACUCAGGUUUGGUGUUUUUUCUAAGUGCCUAAAUAAGUAAGCCAGGUGAUUUAUGCAUAAACAUUUUCAUAAGGAAAUGGUUUUACCCAGACUCUCUUACUCAGAGAUAUCAACAAGCCAAGGUGAACCUGAAUUUGAGGUUUAGAAUCCGGGUCUAUAUCCUAUGUAUAGCUGAGUAGGAAACAUUUGCCAUUGAGGACUUGGAGAGUAGUGGGCAAGGAGACAGUGUUAAAAUAUGUCUGGUAAUGUUAAGGAUUUCUCUAAAGAGGAAGAAAAGUACUGAAAGAAUGACAGUAAAAGCUAAAGCAGCUAGAAAGUAGCUGGAUUUACUGCACACAAUAUGCAUAACCAAUAUUUCAACUAAAAUCCAAGAGCAUGAUGUGAUAUUUAAUGUAGACAGGUCUCUGAAAAGACUGUGGAAUAAGCCCAGGAAGGGUAGCUAUAUUUGCAAAUAGUGGUCCACAGGUCCUUGUGUAAGUAAAAACAAUCAGAACACAGGCUUUAAUUCAAACUGUCAAAGUGUGAUAUGGAGCCUCUUUUAUCAAGUGAAAAUAGAAAGUUAAGAAGGGGUUUGAGUAAUCUAUUCAAUGCCACUUCUUGCCAUCAUUUAAAAAUUGUUAAAGUGGGCAUAGUGAGUUCAGAAUGCAAACCCAAUGCCUUCAUGGGAGAUGGAGCCACACUCGUGCUCUGGGUGGGACCACCGCUGCAGAACGUUUUAUCUUAAAGGCAAAAUGCCUUUAGUUUUGCCUCUUUACUUUGUAUUUAAAGUUGCACAUGUUUACCUACCAGUGUUUACGAAAUUCUAUAUUUGGGAUGCUUUUUUUAAAU